UUUCUCUACUCCAGAUUUCGCAGCCGUAAAACUGAGCCUGAGAGAGAGUAACUGAGUCGAAAGAGAAGCCGCCUUCGUCAUCGCAACCACUGUGGGUGACGCUGGGAUGGAGAAAUCCCUCGAGGAGCCGGAGAACGGGAACCCUAGCUCCCCCCUCUCCUCUUCCUCGUCGGACGAUGACGAAGCCGCCGAAGAUCUCCAGAUUCAAACCCUAGAGAAAUCUCUCGCCGAGAAUCCCUUCGAGUACGUUACCUACGUCCAGUAUAUUCAAUGUUUGCGCAAGUAUGGUCAUCUCGAGAAGCUGCGGCAGGCGAGGGAAUCAAUGAACCAGCGGUUCCCUUUAAGCCCGGAGAUGUGGCAGGAGUGGAUUAAAGACGAAAUUUCCUUGUGCUCGAGUGUUGAAGCUUUCACUGAAGUUGAAAAGCUUUAUGAACGUGCAGUGCAAGAAUAUUUGUCUGUAUCUCUUUGGUGUGAUUACAUCAAUUUUGUUCAAGAAAAUGAUGCUUCUAUAUCACAAUGUUCACCGGAUGGUGUUUCAAAGAUGAGAAAGUUACUUGAGCGUGCUGUCGCUGCUGCUGGGUUGAUUGUAACUGAAGGAAAUAAAAUAUGGGAGGCAUACAGAGAAUUUGAGCAAGCUCUUUGUCUGACAAUAAAGGACAGUCAAAAUGAGGAGAAAGAAAAACAAAAUGACAUUGUACGCAAACUAUACCAUCGACAACUAUCUCUACCUUUGGUUGAUUUAAGGGCAACACUUAGGGAUUACAAGCUUUGGGAGGCUGAACAAGGCCAUGAUAAUGAUGCAAACUCAGAUUUUGAUGGUGUUCCUCAGCAUGUUGUCUCGGCUUAUAGGAAGGCCACUGAGCUUUAUAAUUUUCGUAAGCAAUAUGAAGAGGAAAUCAUGAAAACUGAUGCAUCUGACACAGAAAGACUUCAACAGUUCUUGAAUUACAUAAAGUUCGAGGAAUCAUCUGGUGACCCUGUUCGUAUUCAAAUCCUUUAUGAGCGUGCUGUCUCAAGGUUUCCAGUAUCUAGUGACUUAUGGCUAGGAUACACUAGUUAUUUGGAUCAAAAUUUGAAGGUCCCCACUAUUCUGAGAAGCGUAUAUUCAAGAGCCACAAGAAAUUGCACGUGGGUUGGUGAACUCUGGGUGCACUACUUGCUUUCUUUGGAACGUAUGCACGCAACAGAGAAAGAGUUAAGCGAUGUCUUUGAACAAGCAGUGCAAUGUGCUUUCACAAGUUUCAAAGAGUAUUUGGAUCUAUUUCUCACUCGAGUAGAUGGUUUAAGACGGCGAAUGUCUUUGGCUGAAGCUAAGAAGGAUGGGCUAGACUAUACCAUAAUAAGAGAGACUCUCCAGCGUGCUACUGAGUACUUAUCUCCAGAUUGUCUGAGUACAGAUGAACUGUUGUGUCUUCACUCGUAUUGGGCAAGAUUGGAGGUUAGUCUUGGAAAGGAUAUUGGUGCUGCAUGUGGGGUAUGGGAAAACUUGCUCAAGAAGAGGGGAACUAUGCUGGAAGUUUGGCAAUCAUAUAUCACAAUGGAACUUGAACUGGGUCAAAUAAAUGAGGCAAGAUCAAUCUACCGAAGGUGUUACACUAAAAGGUUCUCGGGAACAGGUUCAGAGGACAUUUGCUAUUCCUGGUUGCGUUUUGAAAGGGAAAAUGGCACUUUGGAGGAUUAUGACACUGCACAAAAAAAGGUAGCGCCGCGCUUAAAGGAGCUAAAGGCAUUCCGGGCUCAACAGGAGGCCAAGAGUGACAAUGCAUCACUUGUCAAGCAGGACAAUCCUACUGCAGCUGAUACAUCACGAAAGAGGAAAAUAGGUAAAGUAUCUGAAAGUAAACCACCUCCUGAGAAGCGAAAAAAAUAUUCAUCUGAACCUUCAGAAACAUCUGAAAAAGUGCCUGCAAAAGCAACAGACCAGAUUAACAUUGCAAAAGAAACUGAUGAAGGUGAAACAAAUAAUUUGCUUGAUACAACCAGCAAGCAAUCUGUCAGAACUUCAGAACAUCGGGAUUCCAAACCUGAGUUGUAUAACGAUAAGUGUACUGCAUUUAUCUCAAAUCUCAGCUUUGAGGCAAAUGAGGAACAUUUGCGCAAAUUCUUCAAAGACUCUGGAGGAGUUGUUGCUAUACGAUUGCUUAAAGAUAAAAUAACAAGACAAUCAAGGGGAUUAGCCUACAUUGAUUUUUCAGAUGACGAACAUCUUGCAGCAGCUGUUGCCAAGAACAAGCAGAAGUUGCUUGGAAAGAAAUUAAGUAUUGCACGAUCAGAUCCUAAGAGAAGCCAAAAGAGGGACUCAGCUAGUAGCAAUUCAUCCACAACUCAUAAAAUUCCAUUUGGUUCAAAGAUGACUCGAGGUAACAGUGACAAGAAAGAUGUGUCUGCAGCUUUUGUUGUAGCUAAGCAUGGUGGCAAGGAGUUCACUGGAAGUGUUACUUUUGCUGUACCCAGAGCGUUAGCACAGCGUCUUGACCACACUCCAAAGGAUGCAAAGCCUGAUCAAGCUAGCGAGCAGCCAAAAUCAAAUGAUUAAUUCGGAGCUUUUCUCCUAAAGUGGGCGAAAAUGAAGACGUGUAUGGAGAGUUGCAUAGGAUCCGUGUUCCAGUCCGUAACCGUGUUAUAUAAAACUUUAUUGCUGUCACAUAUUUGCUUUUUUCUACUUAAUAUACUUUUCUAA